AUGGACCCUGGUGCGGGACCGACCCCGGUGCGGGACCGACCCCGGUGCGGGACCGACCCGGGCGCAGGGGCUCCGUGGCGGGCGCUGCUGGCGCUGUUGGGGCUAUGGCCGGGGCUGUGGCCGGGGCCGUGCCCGGGGCUGGCGGGCCCCCCCCGCCCGCGCCCCCCGGACCCCCGCACCGAGCUUGACGCCAUCGUCAGCCUCGCCAAGGCGCUGCUCAGCGACACCAAAGCCUUCCUCGCGCUCCUCAAGUCGCGAUUCCCGGCGGAGGGGGAGCACAAGCUGGACUCGCUGCCCGUCCUCUCCAUGAGCGCCCUGGAACUCGCCAACAUCCAGGCGGCGGCGGCGCUGGCGCGGCUGAGCGCGGACCUGCAGCGGUACCGGCGGCACCUGGAGUGGCUGCGCCGGGCGGGGCCCGCGCUGCGCCCGCUGGAGCCCGAGCUCGGCGCGCUGCUGGCGCGGCUGGAGCGCCUGGGGCGGAGCCUCGACCUGCUGCUCUCCCGCCUGAGCCUGCCCCGGCCCAGCGCCCCCCAGACUCCACUGCCGGCGCCGGGCUCGCCUUGGGCCGUGGUUCGCGCCGGUCACGCCGUGCUCCAGAGCCUCCACCUCUACCUGGACUGGGCCUCCCGCGCCCUGGUCCUGCUGCGCAAUAAGCUGUGACCCCUAUUUAUUGUUAUUUAUUAGCCACGCCCCCUAUUUUAUUAAUUAUUAUUAAUUAUUCGGGAGCCGGAGGAGGCUGCAGGAGCCGCCCCCCCCCUCUCCCGGGACCCUCCCCCCGCGCUCAGGGACUCCCCGACGUGUCCCCUCCCGGGGGGGGAUGUUAUUUAUUGACUCGGGCCCCACUCGGCCCCGUUUUCUAUCGCGUUUUGUAACGGGAAAGGAAUAAAGGAUGGA